AUGGCUAAGCAUAGAGCUCUUCUGUUUUAUCAUGCCUUCAUAAUUCUCAUCCUCACUCUGAGUUUAUUUUGCAAAGCAACUUCUGAGGAUAGAAAGGUGUAUAUUGUGUACUUGGGAUCACUUCCUGAUUGGGUUUUCUCACCAUCUUCUCACCACCUUAGUAUUCUACAGAGAGUUGUCCAGGAAAAUGGUUCUGCUGAAAAUUUGUUGGUAAGAAGUUACAAAAGGAGUUUCAAUGGAUUUGCUGCCAAGCUCACUGACCAGGAAAAAGAAAAACUUUCUAAUAUGAACGAAGUGGUCUCUGUCUUUCCAAGCAGACCAUUGCAACUUCAAACAACAAGAUCUUGGGACUUUAUGGGUUUCAAUGAGAAAGUCAAGCGAAAUGCCGGUGUUGAGGGUGAUAUUAUUGUUGGUGUGAUUGACAGUGGAAUUUGGCCGGAGUCAGAUAGCUUUAAAGAUGAAGGUUUUGGUCCUCCUCCAAAGAAGUGGAAAGGUGCUUGUGAAGGCGGCAAAAAUUUCACUUGCAACAACAAGGUCAUUGGAGCACGAUAUUACUUAACAGAGUCAGCAAGGGAUGAAUGGGGUCAUGGAACCCAUACUGCCUCAACAGCAGCAGGGAAUGCUGUAAAGGAUGUAAGCUUUUAUGGACUAGCACAAGGAACUGCAAGAGGAGGUGUUCCCGCUGCAAGAAUUGCAGUGUAUAAAGUGUGCUCCCGUGAAAAAUCGUGCAGUGCACACAAUACCUUGGGUGCUUUUGACGAUGCUACUGCUGAUGGAGUUGACAUUAUUACAAUUUCAGUUUCAUUUACUGCUAUAAGAGAUUUCGACGAGGACCCUAUUGCAAUUGGUGCUUUUCAUGCAAUGGAGAAAGGGAUACUAACAUCAAACUCUGCCGGUAACAAUGGUCCUUCAGGUGCUACUGUGUCAAGUGUAGCUCCAUGGAUGCUUACAGGGAACUCUGUCAACACUUUCGCAUUAAAUGGAACAAGCUUUCCUCUGAUACAUGGAAAAGAUGUUUCAAGGAACUGCACAGAAAAAAGUGCCGGAAGUUGUGAACAAGGUUGCCUGGACAGUGAUCUGGUGAAGGGGAAGAUUGUAUUAUGCGAUCGAUACACUAGUGGAGUUUCUGAGGCCUAUAAAGUUGGUGCACUGGGUUCAAUUUUAACCAAUUACAUCAAUAUUGAUGAUGCUUCUUUUGUUCUCCCAUUACCUGCGUCAACUUUAAACAACACAGAGUAUAAUGAGGUCAUGUCCUACAUGAACUCCACCAGAGAUCCUCAAGCGAACAUAUUAAAAAGUGAAGUCAUAAAAGAUCUGGUUGCACCUAUUGUUGCCUCCUUGUCUGCUCGUGGACCGAAUCUCAUUUUACCUGAUAUUAUCAAGCCAGAUAUAAGUGCCCCAGGGGUAGAAAUUUUGGCUGCAUAUUCACCUAAUGCUUCUAUCUCAAUUCCGCAAGACAUGAGGCGUGUUAAAUACAACAUAAUGACUGGAACCUCCAUGGCUUGCCCCCACGCCACUGCUGUAGCUGCAUAUGUUAAAACCUUCCACCCUGAUUGGUCUCCUGCAGCCAUCAAAUCAUCUAUUAUGACUACUGCUUGGCCCAUGAAUGAGACCAACAGCAACAUUUCCAGUGGUGAAUUUGCUUAUGGAUCCGGACAUAUCAAUCCUGUAAAAGCAAUAGACCCUGGGCUUGUGUAUGAAGCGUCUAAAGAAGACUACGUAAAGUUGCUAUGCAUGAAAUAUGAAGAAAGCAUGGUUAGGCUUAUAUCAGGAGACAACAGCAGUUGCCCUACAGGUUCUGAAAAAGGAUCUCCAGUGGAUCUUAAUUACCCUUCAAUGGGAGCUAAAGUUGCAGCAGUGGAACCUUUUACGGUAAAAUUUCACAGAACAGUUAAAAAUGUUGGCCUUGCAAACUCCACUUACAGGGCCAUUAUGUCUCCUAAUGCCAAAGUUGACAUCAAGGUGGUGCCAGAAGUUAUUUCCUUCGCGUCCUUGAACGAGGAGAAGACUUUUGACGUAACGGUUGCUGGAAGUGGUUUGCCAUAUGAAUUGCGAGUUUCUGCUUCACUGGUUUGGUCUGAUGGUACUCAUAGUGUUAGAAGUCCAAUUGUUGUGUACACAGUACCUAGAAUAAUGAGUAAAGAGACCUAA